UCACGACCAUUUCUCUCUUCAGUUUUUUACUCUCUGGUUGGGAGGAAAAAACUUUGACUGGAUUCUCCUCGGGUACUCGGGAACAUCAGAGACAGACAGUUGCAGAGGCACAUCCUCCAAGACAUCACUGGAUCGUAAGCUUCUGUUGUGGACGCAGACUACAGUAAUCUCUCGGUAAUUAGGAGACCUGCAGCUGUGACACUGCAAUGAGCUCACUCAGGCUGUUAUUUUUGUCGCACGCCCUCCUCCUCCUCCUCGUCCUGCACGUCGUCCACCUUUCCCACCAGUUAGAGGACAACAAGAUCCCUCCCAGUCUGUGCACUGGUCAGCCUGGAAUACCGGGCUCUCCUGGAGUUCAUGGAAGUCUAGGUCAGCCAGGGAGAGACGGGAGGGACGGGAGAGAUGCUGCUCCGGGGGAGAAGGGACAGAAAGGGGACGGAGGAGUUCCAGGUGAGACAGGAGUGCGAGGCCUGACUGGUGACAGAGGCGACCUGGGAGGAAAGGGUGAGAAGGGUCAGGCAGGAGAGUGUGCUGUGGCCCCUAAAUCAGCCUUCAGUGCCAAAGUCUCUGAGGGCCAAACGUUACCGCUCACUGCUGGCAACGCAGUUUCCUUCAACAAGAUCGUGCUGAAUGAGCAGGGCGACUACAACCCUGAGACCGGACGCUUCACCUGCAGAGUCCCCGGAGUUUACUACUUCGCCGUCCAUGCCACGGUUUACAGAGCCAGUCUGCAGUUUGACCUGAUGAAGAACGGACACUCCGUGGCGUCUUAUUUCCAGUUUUUUGGAAACUGGCCCAAACCGGCGUCUCUGUCGGGCGGCUCCAUGCUCCACCUUGUCCCCGGAGAUCAGGUGUGGGUCCAGAUGGCUCUGUCAGAGUACAAUGGCUUUUACUCCAGCACCAAGACGGACAGCACCUUCACUGGCUUCCUGGUGUACUCUGACUGGAAAAACUCUGCGGUGUUUGCAUGACAUGACAACAGACAACGCAAAGUGAUGCUUCCCCGCGGGUGAUGAACAAAAACACGUUUUUUAUGCUCCUUUUAUUCUCCUAAUUGAGACUUUCUGGAGUUAAUUGGCUGUAAUGUGACACACACACACAUACGUGUCUCUCUUUACUUAGACAUCAUUCAUUCCAUAGUCUCGUACUCCAACAUUAACCAUCUACCACCCUUUAAAUUGUCCUCACAGCCUAUUAAAGACACAUGUGCGUGUGUGUGUGCGCACACCCGUUAAUGUAACUUGAAUGGCACAUACUGUACUGGUGAAGUGUGAGGUUCACACACUGAGCUGUAAUGUUUAUUCUCCACUUGUAGUUUUUAAACCGUUGCGACAGUUAAAUCGUUCUCCAGAUGUUAAAACAGCAGACUCCGGCCAACAGGCCACCAAAAACAGCUGUUGCGCUAUUAUCAUUAUUAUUAUUAUUAUCAUUAUUGCACUUUGCGUCUCACUGACUUCUGCUCACUGAACAUGAAAUAAACAGUUUGGGGUUGUUGUUUUUUUUUAAAACA